GCUCCGCCGCAGACGCCGCUCGGUCACCGCCGCGUUCACCUCGCGGAGCCGGGGCUGCCCGUGACACCGGGAACAGCGGGAACAGCGGGACACCGGGCAUACCGGGAACACCGGGAACAGCGGGAACAACGGGAAUACCUGUAACAACGGGAACACGGGGGCUGCCAGAAGCAGCGGCACUGCCGAGGCUGCCGGGAACACCGGGAGCAGCGGGACACCGGGACUGCCGGUCCCGCGGAGCCGGGAUCGGGGUUCCCGGCCCGGUUUGGGACGCGCCCCGGCACUGGGAGCGCAGGUCAGGCUGGGAGCGGCCAUGGGGGACACGCCUGGAGCCGGAUCCCUGCGGAGCCUCGUCCAGCUCGCCUGGCUGUGCCUCUUCUCCUCCGUGCCGCACGGCGGGGCCAAGGUGCUGGAGAAGACCUUCGAGGAGUGGCUGCGGUACCGUGACGAGUGCCUGAGGAGGAUGGCGAGCGAGCCCUACCCGGCAGGGCUGUUCUGUAACAGGACAUUUGACAUGUACGCCUGCUGGCCCGACGGGAGCCCCGGCACCGCCGUCAACGUCUCCUGCCCCUUCUACCUGCCCUGGUUUGAGAAAGUGAAACACGGGCUGGUGAGCCGCAGGUGCGGCACCGACGGCCAGUGGGUGACAGUGAACGGCAGCCAGCCCUGGAGGGACUAUUCCCAGUGCGAGGAUGAGCUGGAGGUCACCGCUGAGGAGGAAGGCGCCCGCCGGCUCAUGGUGAGCUUCAAGGUGCUCUACACCGUGGGCUACUCGCUGUCGCUGCUCACCCUCAUCUCCGCCCUGCUCAUCCUCACCGCCUGCAGGAACCUGCGCUGCACCAGGAAUUACAUCCACGCCAACCUGUUCGCCUCCUUCGGGCUGCGCGCCACCUCGGUGAUGGUGAAGGACGCGCUGCUGGAGCGGCGCUGGGGCGUGGAGCUGCUGCAGGUGGCGGACUGGGAGGCUCUGCUGAGCCACGAGGCAGCGCUGGGGUGCCGUGCAGCGCAGGUGCUGAUGCAGUACUGCAUCCUGGCCAACCACUACUGGUUCCUGGUGGAAGCUGUCUACCUCUACAAGCUGCUCAUCGGCGCCGUGUUCUCCGAGAAGAAUUACUACAGGCUCUACCUCUACCUGGGCUGGGGGACCCCCGUGGUGUUCGUGGUGCCCUGGAUGGCCGCCAAGUACCUGAAGGAGAACGCGGAGUGCUGGCCUGAAUGGACAUGCUUAUGGGAUCUCCGCAUCCCCAUCCUGCUUGCCUCCCUGAUCAACCUGCUCAUCUUCAUGCGGAUCCUCAAGGUGAUCCUGGCCAAGCUCCGGGCCAACCAGAAGGGCUACGCCGACUACAAGCUGAGGCUGGCCAAAGCCACCCUGACCCUCAUCCCCCUCUUUGGGAUCCACGAGGUCGUUUUCAUCUUCGCCACAGACGAGCAAACCACGGGCAUCCUGCGCUACGUCAAGGUGUUCUUCACCCUCUUCCUCAACUCCUUCCAGGGCUUCCUGGUGGCUGUGCUCUACUGCUUUGCCAACAAGGAGGUGAAGUCUGAGAUGAAGAAGAAGUGGCAGCUCUGGAAGCUCGACCACCCGGUGCUCUGCUGUGCCCAGUGAGGGGCUGCUGGCCACGAUGGCCACAGGGCCUGGCUGCAGGAAGCUGUGCUGGGCAGUGCCCACCCAGGAUGGCCAGGCUGGCACGGGUGUCUGGCUGUGCCACACUGGAGCUGCUGGAAGGGACAUCCCUGCUGUGACCCAAGGGGAGGUGGCACCUCUGGCUCUUAGCAGGCACUGCUGUGUGGGCAGCCUCUCCCAGGACACCUCCCACACACAGGGAGCCCCUGGACACCCACACCCCCCUGGGCACCUGUGGGAUCACAGCAGGCAGGGGCAGCCUGGCCCUGCAGGGGCAAUGGGAGGUGCUGCCACACCCUGGGCCACACCACAGCCUGUCCCUGUCCCCGUGUCCCAGCCCAGGACCGUCUCACCAGGCCUCCCCAGCCACCCUGUGAAGCUCUGCACAGCGAGGGGCUGCUCCUGCUGCCUCCCUCAUCACUGACACAGAACAGCAGCUCCAUCCCCUCCUCGCUGCCCUGCACAAACCCCUGGUGCCCCUGCCAUGGGCAGAGCCAAGGAUGGAGCCCCAGAACCACCUGGGAGUGAAGGAUUUGAGAGCAGCAGCUCACUGGGGCAGAGCCCAAGCUCCCCCAUGCCAGGUUUAGUGCCCAGCCCAGCCUCCCCUGCUCUGUGGAGGAAAAGCUGGAUUGCCAGCCUGGCAGGAGCUCAGCAACCAAAGGCUAAAAUCCUGGCAGUUUGCUUUCCAGGGGGGUGCCAAAGCAUCCUCCUGCCCUGGCCAAGCAGGCUGUGGAUCCCGGGAAGCCCAGGGGCAAGGGAAGCAGCAGAGGUGGUGUGGUUUGAGCAGGGCUGCUCCUGUCCUGGGGGAGCCCAGAGCAGCUGGAGACACCCCCAGCCCCAGCCCCUUGCUCCAGCCCGUGGGAGCAACACAGACACUGCCAGAGCUGUUCCCAUCACAUUCCUUCCUUUCACGAGUCCCCUCCAGGCGGGAGGAAGCAGCUGGGAGCUCCAGGAGAUGCCCAUGGACACAGGAGGUUCUCCAGGCCCUGCCCUUCCCCGAGGGGCUGGGGGAGCCUCUGCCAGUGCCUCAGGGAGGAGCUGCCUCGAGCACACAAAGCAAAGAGGCUGCACCAGCCUGGAGUCACAGUCCUGGAUCGAUGGAACCCCCACGAGACCAAUUUACACAUUAACUCUCUUUUCAGAUGUAAAUAAAUAUUUAUUUUUCAACAAGCAGA